AUGAAAAGAACAACAUGCAAUAUUAUAUAUUCAGCUUUGAGAUAUCGCGGCUUUUUUAUUCGACACCGCCAUCACUUUCGAGAAGCGGGGUUUUCGACGCACGCCGUUCAUACGGCACACCCUCCUGUGUUGUUGCAGCAGAGAGAGGAUGGGUCUGUUACUCAAGUGCCAGAGGAGACCUUCUUCCGGUAUACCAGGAAGCGAUGGCUAGUAAAUGAUUACGAGGAAAGAUCUAAGAGGUAUCGGAAGUUUGAUAUUGGAGAGCUCAUUGCUGCCGCUGCGCGAUCGGCUGGAGGGAUGCCGAAACAAUGCACGCAGAUCAUGAAAUUUCCAGAAGGGCAAUACAACAAAGCAUUUCUCUUGACAUUCGACGACAAGUCUGAGGUAGUCGCCAAACUGCCAAACCCAAACGCCGGACCACCCAUUUUGACCACCGCUAGUGAGGUCGCGACGAUGGAGUUUGUACAUCGUAUUAUCGGUAUACCGGUUCCGCGGGUUCUUGAUUGGAGUUGCGACCAAUUCAAUUCCGCCGGGUGCGAAUAUAUCAUCAUGGAAAAAGCAAGGGGUGUUCCGCUUGCCAAUUCGUGGUAUCAACUUCCUUCCUCAAGCAAGCACAACUUUAUAGGGCAGGUUGUUGAGAUGGAGGCGAAACUAACCUCGGUUUCGUUUCCCGCGCACGGAUGCAUAUACCACAAGCGGGACCUGCCAUCGGAACAUUCGCAGAAUCAAAUUCCGUUCGGUGAAAGCAACCUACACGAGUUCUGCAUUGGCCCUGUUAUAGAUCCAGUGAUUUGGUCGGAUCGCCGUUCCGAAUUGCAGUUAUAUCGAGGUCCUUGGCGCGAUAUUUCACAUUAUGCGAGGAGCUUAGGAGAAAAUGAGAAGUACUGGACCGAUCAAUAUGCUCAAUCACGCAUGAACUAUUACAAGAGUAACACCGAUCCCGAGAACCCGAGCGAAUACCUUGCGCUGGUUGAGAAAUACCUGCUUGUUGCUCCCUUCAUUACGCAAUCGCAAGCGGAUUCCCAGGAUAUCCUGCAGCCUACCCUCUGGCAUUCUGACCUCCACUUAAACAACAUAUAUGUCGACCUCGAUACUGAAACCAUCACAGACAUCAUAGAUUGGCAGAACACAACGACGGCUCCGCUAAUCUUCCAAGCCAAGAUACCACGAAUGGCUCGACAUAUAAGCCCACUCCCACUGGGCUGGCAUAUGCCUGAGAAGCCGGACAACUACAACGACUUGUCCCAGGAUGCCAAGUCACAAGCGGACGACCUAUAUCAGAGCGCCCUAUGCCACAAGUACUAUGAAGUGAUUACCGCGAAGAAGAACCCACGGCAUUAUGCCGCGUUGACCCAUAAUGACGAAUGGAAAGCGCCUCUUAUUCGACCUAUCAAAGCGAUUGGCGGCGCUUGGUCAUCGAGGGAAGUUUUCGGCCUCCGCUCAUCCCUCCUGGAGGUUGUGGAUCAUUGGACCGAAUGGGACACGCAAAGCAAAUGUCCUAUAUCUUUCACGGCGGAAGAAACAGCCUUGCACCAUGAGGAGCUGGAAAAUCGCGAAUACGUUGAACAGCUGAUGGAGCAGUUUCAGAACGCGGGACUCUUGCCAAUCGACGGAGUCGUCCAUCCUGAAGACUACGAAACCCUACAGCGCACAAAUGACACGCUGAAGACACGCUUCUUGUCCCUAGCUGAAAGCGAGGAAGAAACAGCGUGGAUGGAGAAGAUCUGGCCGUACCAAGACCCUCCGAAAUAUUCCUGA